GCGGGACGGUCUCUGCAAGCCCCCGCCCGGGGCUCGCCCCCGCCGUGCCGGGAAGAUGGCGGCUGCCGGCCGGGCCUGGCGGGUUGCCUCGCUGUUACCGCCCUGGCGGCUGCGGGCCCCGCGCUCGUCCUCCGCCCCCACGGCAGCAGCGGUCGGCAGAAGCCGCCUGCUGCUGGGCACUGCCUUCGCGCUGGGCGGCAGCGCCGGCCUCUACCUGGCGACGCGGCACCGCCUGUGGGAGCACUCGGCCGCGGAGCUGCCUGCAGGGAGCCUGCAUCUCACUCUCUACCAGUAUAAAACAUGUCCAUUCUGCAGCAAAGUCCGAGCUUUUCUUGACUACCACGGCCUGCCCUAUGAAAUUGUGGAGGUGAAUCCCAUCAUGAGGAAGGAAAUCAAAUUCUCUUCCUACAGGAAGGUGCCGAUCCUGCUAGCCAAUGCUGGGAGCCCUCUGCAAUUGAAUGACUCUUCGGUGAUCAUCAGUGCAAUAAAGACCUAUCUCAUUUCCAAGAGAAAUAGCUUAGAAGAGAUUGUGUCCUUUUAUCCUCCUAUGAAAACUGUGAAUGAGCAAGGCAAGGAGGUGUUUGAGUAUGGGAAUAAGUACUGGCUGAUGCUGGAUGAGAAGGAGACAAAACAAGUCUAUCCUGUCAAAGAAGUGAGAGUUGAAGAAAUGAAGUGGAGGAAGUGGGCAGAUGAUUGGCUUGUUCACCUCAUCUCCCCCAACGUGUACCGCACCCCCAGAGAGGCGCUGGCUUCUUUUGAUUACAUCGUCCGGGAGGGCAAGUUUGGCACCAUGGAGGGUUUAUUUGCCAAGUAUGUGGGGGCUGCUGCUAUGUUCUUCGUUAGCAAGAGGCUGAAGAAAAGACACCAGCUUCGUGAUGACGUUCGGGAGGACUUGUACGAAGCGGUUAACGAGUGGGUGAGAGCUGUUGGCAAGCAUCGAUUGUUCAUGGGCGGGAACCAGCCCAACCUGGCUGACUUGGCAGUGUACGGGGUGCUGCGGGUGAUGGAAGGGCUGGAAGCCUUUGAUGACAUGAUGGCUCACACCAAGGUUCAGCCCUGGUACCAGCGCAUGGAAGAAGUCAUUCGAAAAGCUGCGGUCUGAUGCCAGCUGCAGCUGCCUUCCUGAAGUACUUGCAUGGCAAAAAACUUCACAAGGAAUAGCAUUUCUUUGUAAAGAGUGGAAUGGACUGGUCACAGCUGAUGGACUGACAUGCAGGCACAGACUCUUCUGUUCAGUGAGCAGAAAGGAUCCAGCGGGGUCUGUGCUUGGACUUGGUACUUAGAAGGUAAAAGGACCUUGAGUGCUGCUGAACUGAAGACUGCAGCAGAUAGGUGAGAGCCAUUCUCAGGGCAGGUUACUGUAAAAGAAAGGUGCUGGUGGUUAGGAAGUGCCCUGGCCACACCUGCUGUGGGGCUGAGCAGCAUUACCUUCUGACUGUCUUCCACUACUCCAUGCCAUCUCAAGUGUUUUCCUGACUAAGACACUGGAUGCUAGUGUUUAAAUUAUAUUUUUCCUCCAAUAGAGUCCUGUAGGCCCAGGACUGAGUGAACUGGAGGAAUCCACUGUACUGGGAAGGCAUCCUUCCCAUGACAAACGCUGCUGCACUCCAUGGUGUGGUUUUGCUCUUCCUUAUAAACGGUUCUGUCGGUACCUGGUUCUGCAUGGCCUGCAAGGAUAAAGGUUUGCUUCUUCCUGUG